UCCGGAAUGUUCUCUUUCAGGUGCCUUGGGCCUAGCUUCUAGCUAGCCACAAGGCACCACUGAAGACAUGGGCAAGAACAUUCCCCAGUUCCUGGAGCAAAUAGACCUCUUCAAAGGCUUUGUGGGCUUGGCUACGGGCGCCGGGGCCUUAUACCUGCUGUACAAGGCCAUCAGGACUAGCUUGAAAUGUCAGCCACCACUCUGUUCCAACUCGCCGAUCUGCAUCGCCCGCCUGGUCAUGGAGAGAGAGCGCCACGGGCGGGACUCGGGUGAGAUUCGAAGACUUCUCAACUCUCUAGAGUGCAAACAGGAUGAGUACACCAGAAGCAUGAUCCUUCAUAACAUCACCCGCUGCGUGUACUUGCUGGAGGCUGAGGCUUCUUCUACUUGUACUAUGGACGACAUCAACUUAGUGGCUGAAAUGCUAGAUGACAAGGACAACAGUGUCAAAAUCCAAGCUCUGAAUGCACUUAAAGCGUUCUCUGGCAUCAAGAAAUUCAGGCUCAAAAUCCAGGAACAUUGCAUCAAGGUGUUGGAACUGAUUUCCAACAUCUGGGACAUUGAACUGCACGUAGCCAGCCUCCGAUUGCUCAACAACUUCCCGCUACCCGACUACGUGCACCCACAGCUGCGGCGGGUGAUGCCCUCUCUGAUGGCGAUCAUACAGUCAGACUGUAUCCUGGCACAGGUGCCUGUGAAUUCCAACUUCCUGAACCUCUUCCAGUCUUCACAGCCGGGCAGCCUGCUGUUCGAGGUGCUGGUGUUUGCGGAGCACUUGAGUGAGGGUCGGAACACUUCCCACUACCGAGCGAUCAAAUGGCAUUACAACGAGCAAUCCCUGCACGAAGCCCUCUUUGGGGAUGAGUCCAGGCUGGCAGACCGACUGCUUUCACUGGUCAUCCACCCUGAGGAGGACGUGCAGAUCCAGGCUUGCAAAGUCAUAGUGAGCUUGCAAUGUCCCCAGGACCUGGGAUCCCGACCCUCUUCCUGCCGACCCAGCCAUUCCUACUUUAAAGCCGGAGAGUAACAUUAAGGAGAUCCAAUAAAUGCUUACGGGAGGAAAGCGUGGGG